UCAUCAUUACGCGCCCUCUUCUCGGCUCCUCACGGCGACUCUGGAAGCUUCCGAAUUGGCUCGGUUGGACGUCCGAAAAUCCUCUUCCAUCCCAAACCCAGGGACCACAUUUAAUCUCGGGGACUCGUCGUUCCUGUCGUGAAGGCCCCCCUCGACAUUUUCCACCGAGUAUCAAGUCACGAUGGCUGCGCCGAAGGCUCCAAACGGAGGCAGAAACAAAGGAGGGGCGUACGUGGACCGCGACAAGCCGGCUCAGAUCCGCUUCAGCAACAUCUCUGCCGCCAAAGCCGUGGCAGACGCCAUCAGAACCAGCCUGGGGCCCAAAGGAAUGGACAAGAUGAUCCAGGACGAGAAAGGAGACGUGACCAUCACCAAUGACGGGGCCACCAUCUUGAAGCAGAUGCAGGUGCUGCACCCCGCUGCCAAGAUGCUGGUGGAGCUGUCCAAAGCUCAGGACAUCGAGGCGGGCGACGGCACCACGUCGGUGGUGGUGAUCGCCGGCGCCCUCCUUGACGCCUGCUCCAAACUGCUCCAAAAAGGCAUCCAUCCCACCAUCAUCUCCGAGUCCUUCCAGAAGGCGGUGGACAAGGGCGUGCAAGUGCUGACGGCCAUGAGCCGGCCGGUGCAGCUGAGCGACCGCGAGACGCUGCUCAACAGCGCCACCACCUCGCUGUGCUCCAAGGUGGUGUCGCAGUAUUCCAGCCUGCUGGCGCCCAUGAGCGUGGACGCCGUCAUGCGCGUCAUCGACCCCGCCACCGCCACCGGCGUCGACCUGCAGGACAUCAAAGUCAUCAAAAAGCUCGGGGGCACUAUUGACGACUGCGAGCUGGUGGACGGCCUGGUGCUGACCCAGAAGGUGGCGAGCGCCGGCGUCAGUCGAGUGGAGAAAGCCAAGAUCGGCCUGAUCCAGUUCUGCUUGUCUGCGCCCAAAACGGACAUGGACAACCAGAUCGUGGUGUCGGACUACGCCCAGAUGGACCGCGUGCUGCGCGAGGAGCGCGCCUACAUCCUCAACAUGGUCAAGCAGAUCAAGAAGGCCGGCUGCAACGUGCUGCUCAUCCAGAAGUCCAUCCUCAGGGACGCCCUGAGCGACCUGGCCCUGCACUUUCUCAACAAGAUGAAGAUCAUGGUGGCGAAGGACAUCGAGAGGGAGGACAUCGAGUUCAUCUGCAAGACCAUCGGCACCAAGCCCAUCGCCCACAUCGACCACUUUUCUCCCGAGAUGCUCGGCGCCGCGGAGAUGGCGGAGGAGGUCCACCUGGACGGCUCGGGCAAGCUCAUCAAGAUCACCGGCUGCGCCAACCCCGGCAAGACGGUGAGCAUCGUGGUGAGGGGCUCCAACAAGCUGGUCAUCGAGGAGGCCGAGAGGUCCAUCCACGACGCCCUCUGCGUCAUCCGCUGCCUGGUCAAGAAGAGGGCCCUGAUCGCCGGCGGCGGCGCCCCCGAGAUCGAGCUGGCGGUGCGGCUGGCCGAGUACUCGCGCACGCUGGCUGGCAUGGAGGCGUACUGCGUGCGGGCGUACGCCGACGCCCUGGAGGUGAUCCCGUCCACGCUGGCCGAGAACGCCGGCCUCAACCCCAUCUGCACCGUCACCGAGCUGCGCAACAGGCACGCCCGGGGGGAGAAGAUGGCCGGCAUCAACGUGCGCAAGGGCGGGAUCUCCAACAUCCUGGAGGAGCUGGUGGUGCAGCCCUUGCUGGUGUCCAUCAGCGCCCUCACCUUGGCCACGGAGACGGUGCGCAGCAUCCUCAAGAUCGACGACGUGGUCAACGCCCGAUAAUUUCGGCGAGGCGCCGCCGACCCGCCCGGGUUACUGAAGCUCUUGAUAGGUUGCUUAAGUUAAUAAAAGACUUUGUUUGCGGAAUGACACAA